CUCCCGCACCAGCCAACAUGGAAGGUGGCGACGGCGGAGUCUCUAUGGCUGGCCGUGGGGCUCCGGGGUCCGGAGCGGCUGCAGCCACUGUCCGGGAGCUCCUGCAGGACGAGUGUUAUAGUGAUUUUUUAAAUGAAGACUUUGAUGUAAAGACUUAUACUUCUCAAUCUAUUCAUCAAGCUGUAAUUGCUGAACAACUAGCAAAACUUGCCCAAGGAAUCAGUCAGUUGGAUAAAGAACUACACUUACAGGUCGUUGCAAGACAUGAAGAUUUAUUGGCACAAGCAACUGGAAUUGAGUCUUUGGAAGGUGUCCUUCAGAUGAUGCAGACAAGAAUUGGGGCUUUACAGGGAGCCGUUGAUAGGAUGAAAGCAAAAAUUGUCGAGCCAUACAAUAAAAUAGUAGCCCGUACUGCUCAACUAGCAAGACUUCAGGUUGCCUGUGACUUGCUUCGGAGAAUCAUUCGCAUCUUAUAUCUCAGUAAGAGACUCCAAGGACAGCUGCAGGGGGGAAGUAGAGAGAUAACAAAAGCUGCUCAGAGUCUCAAUGAACUUGGUAAGUCCUCUUGCUCAUCGAUUCACUGGUUGAAGGAUAUUUGUGUUUCCAGUUUUUGGUGA